AUGGCCGGCCUCCGACUUCUUAGACCACAAGGCCUACUACCGAAUCCUCUUACUACCACUAGAACCUCCGUUCGGCCUACCAAACUGGGUCUGCGUGCGCCGGCGUCGCAGGUACAACAGGCCCGUCGUAUAUCUGGGCCGUACGGCUAUACGUCCGCGAAGGCGCUGGUGUUUAGCGAGUAUGGCGAGCCGAAGGAUGUUUUGAACCUACACACGCACUCCAUCUCCCCCAUGCUCCCCCCCUCCUCCGUCCUCCUCCGCACUCUCGCCGCCCCCAUCAACCCCGCCGACAUGAACACCAUCCAGGGCGUCUACGCCGCCAAGCCCCCCUUCAGCUCCCUCAUCGGCACCGAAAAGCCCUCCGCCAUCCCGGGAAACGAGGGCGUCUUCGAAGUAGUCUCCUCCUCCUCCCCCACCUUCUCCAAGGGCGACUGGGUCAUCCCCAAACACACGCAGUUCGGCACGUGGCGCACGCACGCGCUCACCCCCGCCGACACCCUCAUCAAGCUCGACAAAGCGGGCCUCACGCCCCUGCAAGCCGCCACCGUCGCCGUCAACCCGUCCUCCGCGUACCGCAUGCUGCGGGACUUCGUCUCGGACCCCACGCCCAUGCGCGAGGGCGACUGGUUCGUGCAGAACGGCGCCAACAGCGCCGUCGGCCGCGCCGCCAUCCAGCUCGGCAGGCUGUGGGGCUACCGCAGCAUCAACGUCGUGCGCGCGCGCCCCACCCCCGAAGCCACCGAGGCCCUCAAGCACGAGCUGCUGGAGCUCGGCGCCACGCGCGUCGUCACGGACCUCGAGUUCGAGUCCCGCGCCUUCCAGGCCGAGGUCGCCGACCUGACCUCGCGCGACAGCGCCGCCGCCGACGGCGUCCGCCUGGGCCUCAACUGCGUCGGCGGGAAGAGCGCCCAGGCCAUGACCCGCGUGCUCGGCCGCGGCGGCACCCUGGUGACCUACGGCGGCAUGGCCCGCCAGCCCAUCGAGCUGCCCGCCUCCCGCCUCAUCUUCAAGGACCUGCGCUUCUUCGGCUUCUGGCUGAGCCGCUGGGCCGACCGCAACCCCGCCGCCAAGGAGCAGACCGUGCACGACAUACUGAGCCUGAUACGGGAGGGCAAGCUCGCGGACGCGCCCGUGGUCGAGGUGCCGUGGACCUGGGGGACGAAGGCGGAGGAGCUGAGGGGCGCCGUGCAGCGGACGCUGGACGGGUUUAAGAGCGGGAAGGGCGUUUUUGUGUUCAGGGAUACGUGA